AUGUCGACCCCGGCUCGGCGGCGGCGGCGUCUCAUGAGGGACUUCAAGAGGUUGCAGGAGGACCCUCCGGCGGGAGUCAGCGGCGCUCCCUCGGAGAACAACAUUAUGGUGUGGAACGCGGUCAUUUUCGGGCCUGAAGGGACCCCUUUUGAGGAUGGGACAUUUAAGCUAACAAUAGAAUUCACCGAGGAAUAUCCGAAUAAACCACCUACAGUUAGAUUUGUCUCUAAGAUGUUUCAUCCAAAUGUCUAUGCAGAUGGUAGUAUAUGUCUGGACAUACUUCAGAACCGCUGGAGCCCAACCUAUGAUGUGUCUUCAAUUUUAACAUCCAUACAGUCUCUAUUGGAUGAGCCCAAUCCCAAUAGUCCUACAAACAGCCAGGCCGCUCAGCUGUACCAGGAGAACAAACGGGAAUAUGAAAAGCGUGUAUCUGCGAUAGUAGAACAGAGUUGGCGCGAUUGUUGACCAGGUACAGUGAGAGAAGAAGCUGGUCAUAAGAAAAAUUAUACAUGAUGUGUU